AUGUCUGUACUGGCCGUGCCGGCUCCCAGCCCACCAAACAUACUUGUGGUUCCCAUGCCUGUACUGGCAGUGCCGGCUCCAAGCCCACCAAAUGUACUUGUGGUUUCCAUGCCUGUACUUGUGGUGCCGGCUCCCAGCCAAUCAAACAUACUUGCGGUUCCCAUGCCUAUACUGGUAGUGUCGGCUCCCAGCCCACCUAACAUACUUGUGGUUCCCAUGCCUGUACUUGUAGUGUCGGCUCCCAGCCCACCAAAUGAGACCUCCGAUGCGGUCGUCUUGGCAGGAGUCAGCCCCGUCAAGCUGAACCCUGAUGUCGGGCCGGUAGAGGUACUGGUCAAGCUUAAGCCGGAUGCAGUGCCAGUGGUAGCAGUGGUGGCUGGACCCGCAAGGUCGACUGUAUAA